CACGGCUGCACUCCUCAUCCGAAAAUCAAUACUGUCACGAUGCCGAUCAAUGCAGUUGGCAUUAUCGGCAUGGGCGAGAUGGGCCGACUGUAUGCCGACUGGAUUAGCAAGAGAACAGAGCACCAGCAGCAGCAGGACGACGAGGAGAUCACGGUGCACUGCUGCGAUGUGCCAGAGCGGUACGACGAGCUCUGCGCAGCGUAUGCGGACAGUCCACGGGUGCGUGUGCACCGCGACGGGUUUGCAGUGGUGCGCCAGUGCGGCCUCGUGAUGUACUCGGUCGAGACGGCCAACAUGGACCGGGUGGUCGGGCUGUACGGGCCGGCAACGCGCGUCGGGGCGAUCGUCGCGGGCCAAACCUCCGUCAAGGCGCCCGAGAUUGCCGCGUUCGAGCGCCACCUGCCGAGCGACGCGCACAUUGUGACGUGCCACUCGCUGCAUGGGCCGCGGGUGUCGCCGCGCGGGCAGACGAUGGUCGUCAUCCGGCACCGCUGCGACAAGGACGACGUGUUUCGUGACGCGCUCGCCGUGUUCCGACGACUCGAGUCCAACAUGGUCGAGAUGAGCGCAGAGACCCACGAUCGCAUCACGGCAAACACACAAGUCAUCUCCCACCUCGGAUUCCAGGCAAUGGGCACCGCGUGGCGCUCCGUCGGCGUCUACCCGUGGGAGCAGCAGCGCUACUUGGGCGGAAUCGACAAUGUCAAGAUUCUCAUGUGUCUGAGAAUCUUUGCCGCCAAGCCACACAUUUACUCGGGGCUCGCCAUGCAAAACCCGCAGGCUCGGUACCACGUCGAGCAGUACGUGCGCUCGGUCAGUGAGCUCUUCCGGCUCAUGAUUCAAGAACGCCAGCAGGAAUUCACCGCUCGUAUUUAUGCGGCGCGUGCUGCGGUCUUUGGCAGAGUGUUGAACGAGUCAGAUGCUGGCACUCCAUCAAGAUCGGCAAAUGUUGAAGCAUGCACCACGGAACAAACACCGGCAUCGUCAAAUCCGCCAGCAGUUGCUUCCAGCUCCACCUCCACGCGCGCCCUCUUGCUGCCCGAUGCCAUCUUGGCCGAAUACGGACUUGGCCGGAUACCGGCAAGCGAGCGCACGCCCAACUCGCACCUGUCCUUGCUUGCCAUGGUCGACGCGUGGUAUGCGAUGAAAGUAAACCCGUACGAUGACUUGGUUUGUCAAACACCCGUCUUUCGACUGCGUCUGGGCAUUGCCGAGUAUCUAUUCUGCGACAAGGAGCUGCUCGACGAGUCGAUCGCUGCCGCCUUGUUCAACAAGUCCAUCCGCGGAGACGACAUGGAAUUUUUUGCUGCAGUGCGCGAAUGGGCCACCAUCAUCUUGAACGGAGAUUUGCGGGGCUACGAGGACCACUUUUUACGCGUGCGUCAAUUCUUUGAGAGCCGGCUCCAGGAUGGAUUCAAGGCCAGUUGCGUGCUCAUCGAUCGCCUGGCAUCCACUUCAGCCACACCCAAUUUGCAGUCAGGGCACAAACAGUCAUAGAGUGCAAAAAUGUAGUGUGAAUACAGUUGGAC